AUGGUCUCGAUCCUCUCCUUCUUCACAAAGAAGCGUCCAAAGUCGACCACGGCCGCAACAGCGACACCGUCAUCACCGCCAAGAGACGAGACCCGACGGCCCAUCUCGCCGACAUCGCCGAGAAAGGCCGUAGCACCAGCGUCACGCCCGCCCCAGCGCUUCAAGUCGCUCCGACAGCCCGGCCCAUCAGCAAGCACUGCCCGCGGCGAUGCGGCGCGGCGCGCCAGCGCCGACCUACCCCGGCGGAGCGGAAGCGGAGGCGCCCAGACCAAGAAGCGUGCCUCCAUCCUCCCCGGGACGGAUAGCACGCCACCGCGGCUUGUCGUCGACCUGCCAUUCGAGGCCCAGUCGGACCAGCAGCUCGGCAGCGGCCUCAGUCUCGGACUCGACGGCGUAGGCCGCACGCCGACGCUCUCGCACGACGAGCGCAGAGCUCUCGACGCGCAGAGAUAUACCCCGGCCGACCUGGCAGCCGCAUGGGAGUGGCUCGGCCCUGAGCUCACGGAACGAGGCGCCGAGACGGUCGGCAUCAUGCUCCCCCGCCGGCUCGAGGCCGACCGCGACAGGCAACGCCAGCUCAUUGCGCUGUUCGUGCUUGCCCGCAGACCACACCUCGCUGCCAAGGUCCAGAGCUUGACCAGCACCUACUCGGAUGUCAGCGGUGCCGACGCCGAUACCGUCUGGAAGGAGCGCCUGGUCCAGGUCGCAAAGGACACGUCCAACCCCGUCGACCUGGCCGAGGUGCUCAAGACGGUCCUCCGCCGCCUCGACGUCGGCGCGAGGCCGAUCAUUGACCCGAGCGUCUAUGUCCGCUUUGUCCAGCAGGAGCACGCCGCGUCGUACCCCAGAAGCGCGUACGCGACCAUGCUCAUCCCCCAGCUGUCGUCCGACGUCGCUGGACUGUUGAACGCCGUGUUCGAGGUCUGUAACGCGAUUGCGCUGCACGCCGAGACCAAUGCCAUGAGCGCAGGCCGACUGUGCCACCUCUUUGGUUGGUGGCUGCUUGGUGCCGUGCCCGAUGGCGCUACGGGCUGGAACGACCUCUACGACGCUUACAAGCUCGCUGGCCAGCGCGCCGAGCACCUGUUCUACACCCACAUUCGCUGGCAGUCGACCCAGCAGAAGAUGCCCCGCAGACUGAUUCAGCUCAUUCUCUCCUACCCCUUUGGCGAGUCGUCGGCGUCUUCAGAGCACCUCCCGCUGCCUCCCGCGUCUACAUUCUCUCGCAACGUCCUCCACGUCGCUCUCGGCACCGACUCGGCCCUGCCGCGUGGUACCGACCCUGAGAAGGUGCUGAAUGAUGCCCUUAUCGCGCAGCUGGAUGGUGACGCAGAGGCCUCGCAGUGGCUGGAGCUCCGCCAGAAGAUUGGCGGUGGAUCGGUCGAGCUGGACGACCUGCUCGCAGCUAGCUCGCUUGGUUUCCUCGGCGAGCUGGCCCAGAGCAAGGGCCUCAACUUUACCACUCCUCCGACGACACCAACGCGGAUCCCAGACGAGCAGCACUACCACCCCCUCGCGGGCGACAGCGACCGCGUGUUCGAGAACCGCAGAAGGUCCCAGUCGUACGGCGACAUCCCCCGUCUCGAGGUCAACGGCAAGGGUAACACCGACUCGUCGCUCGGUGCCAUUGCCGAGAGCCCAAGGACACCAGCGGGCAAGGAGCACACGCUAUUCCGCCAGUCAUCAGCGGCCAAUCUCAGCCCCACUAGCCCAGCGCGCCCCGAGGCCUGGUCCGACUUUGAGAAGCUUGGCUUUGGCGACAACUCGUCAAAGCUCAACCUCAACCUGACCCAGCCAAUCACGCCGGUCCGCCAGCCGUCGCCUAAACUGCUUGCGCCCCAGCGCAAGGUGGUUGUUCGCGACCAGAAGCCCACCACCUCCUUUGUCAUCUCUUCCGAGGAGAUUGUCGCGAUCGACGAUGCCUUUAUCCACUUUGUCGAAGAUGGCCAGCUUGACCCCGUCGCCUCGGCCUCGUGGCCCCGCUUUGCACUUCUCCGGCUCAACAAGCCGAUCCCUUCGGAGGAUGAGGAGAACCCCGUCGACCAUCUGCUGGUCACGGUCCAGAAGCGCGUCAUCAAGCGCCCCCCGUCGAUUGAUGAGCCGUUACCCGACUUUGCGGCGGAAUCUCGCCUUGAGCGGCGAGCUGCCUCCCCAAGCGGCGACAGCCAGGUCUCUCGCUUCAGCACCUUUGGUCUCAAGGACAUUGCCAACUCGUUCCGCCGAUCAAGCCUCUACAGCAGUGGCGGGCGCCCAGGCUCCCGAAUGUCGUUCCUUGCUUCUACGGCUCCUUCCAGAAGCGCCGUCGUCAAGUCCAGCUCGCUGGACCCUGUGACCGAAAAGGCGUCGCGCAACAUGUCCAAGCGUGUGUCGACCGCCGCAUCCGACACUCCCACCGAGUACACGGUCGGCGAGAUGGGCGAGAUUGUCAUGGUCUCGGCCGAGGACAACAAGCUCGACGACCAGAACAAGAAGGAGGCCAGACUGACGGUCGCUCAGACUCCCGUCACCGACUGGAAGUACUUGAAUGAGGGCGGCGCCCAUGCUGUGUUCGUCUACAAGGGCCUGGUCCCUUCUCUCCAGGGCAGUGCAUUGCGCAUCGCCAAGACGCCUCCCGCCAAUGCGCCCAGCCCCGAGCUCCGCAAGACCUGGAACGACGAGCUGCUGCCUACAUUGAUCUCCUCGUCACUUCUCGCGAGAAGCACAAAGGUCAAUGUCAGCAAGGAGUGGGUCCAGGAACUUGCGGGAUUGGCAGAGCACCUCCGCCCUGAUCAGCGCAAGCGUGACUCUGGCAUCCUUGCCACCAGCAUCGACACGUCGCGCCCUCCCCACAUCAUGACCGAUCUCUCUGCGGCAGAGGCCAGUGCCAAAACGCUGGUCCUCGAGAUCAAGCCCAAGUGGGGUUUCCUCCCCCUGGCGGAUGAUAUCACCCCGCUCGAGUCGGUCGAGAUCAAGUCUCGCAACUGCCGCUACUGCCUCCAUGAAAACUACCGCGGCGCUACCAUUGAGCAUGGCAGGUACUGCCCCAUCGACUUGUACUCGGGCGAGAGCGACCGCGUGCAGCGUGCCCUCGACGGCCUGUGGAAGCAAUGGCUGGAGUCUGACGGCGAGAAGAACAACCUCCGGGUCUUCGUCGAUGGCAACAAGAUUGCGCCCCGCGAUGCCCACCUUAUCCCCACCGCUGGCUCUGGAAAGGAGCCCCUGGGUACCGGCACCUUCAAGCUCAUCGCGCCUCUGCUCGAGUCUUCGGGCGUCCUCCAGCAGCUCAAGAAGCUGCAGCAGACUCUCCAGGCUGGCGACAUUUCCAAGCUUGCGGCCGACUACACGGCUGCCAACCCGGGCAAGACGCUCUUUGCCGACGUCAAGGAGCCCACGCCUGCCGAGCUCGAAGAGUUUGUCGCCCUCUACAGCGCGAACCCGACCGAUUCGUCAAAGUGGACCCUCCGCCAGCGUGAGAUUGCCUUUGGCCUCUCGGCAAUCUUCAAGGACUCGUCAAUCAUCGUACGCUCGGUCCUCAACCCCACCGGCACCGGCAGCUACGUCCUCGUCCCUGACAAGUCGGCCGUCAAGAUCAUUGACACGGAUCUCAAGCCCCUGAGCUCGCUUCCCAAGUGGGCCGAGCUCGACAACAAGCUCUGGCGCCACUGGGCGGCCACACAUGCGCCCGAGGUCAUCGUCAUUGACAAGCACACGCCGACACCGAGCGAGUCGCGUCACGCGAGCCCUACCGCUUCGCGCGUCAACGUUGCUCAGACCAGCCUCGCCGCUGGCGCUCUGGGGGCAGGCGCUGUCGCCGGUCUCACAGGUAUUACUGCAGCUCAGCACUCGCCCACGCCGUCCAAGGACUUUGACACCGCCUCCGUCGCCGGCUCCCUCCCUGAGAUUGACGCCGCCACCUCGGCACUCGCCAAGGUUGUUGACGCGUCCCCGUCCGCCAAGGCAAAGGUUGACUCGCCAUCAUCCUCGCCCCUCGCAACGCCUUCCCUCAUCGCCGCAAUUGGUGACAGCCCGCGCCUCGGCGGCUCGCCCCGCAUUCCUGAGUACCCAGCCGUCCCCACGACGCCAAGCAAGGCGCCGAGAGCCGUGCCCGAGGCGCUCCUCGCCUCGCCGGUGCAGCUGCGUGUCGCCGAGCCAGACGCCAAGGUCGCCGAGCCGGAGCCUGUCGCUCCAGUCAAGGAGGCCGUCGUGGAGGCUCCAGCGGUUGCACCUGCCGCGAAGGAGCAUGUCGCGGUCCCCGUCGCUGCUGCCGCCGCUGCUGCUGUUGCCGCGGCCGUCGCUGUUCCGGUUGCUGUGAAGGUCGCCGAGCCGACCGCCUCUGAGCCUGAGAAGGCCCCCGUGGUUGAGGCCCCCGUUGCCGCCGCCCCGGCCAUUGAGGCUCCGGCUGUCAAGGCGGUCGACGUCGACACUCCUGCAGUCAAGGCUGUUGGAGUCGAAGUCGAGACUCCCGCCGUUGAGCCUGUUGCCAAGCCUACUGAGGUGGAGACCCCUGUUGAGGCGGCCGUCGUCGCCGAACCCGUGGCGCCUGUGGCUACCCCUGCUGCUGUGCCGGCCGUUGUCGACAUUUCCGACGAGGCCGCGCCGGCCGCUGCUGAGCGCGUUGCCGCCCCCAGUGUCGAGGCUACAGCCGCCGAGCCUGAGACGGUGGCACCCAAGGUGGAAUCCACGCCUGUCGUGGCUCCUUCCACGCCCCCUCAGGCCCCCAAGGGUCUGCCGGUUACUCCUCCCAGGUCCCCCGCCCGUGACUCUCCCGCGGCCGGAAAGGUUGCGGCCAGCGUCGCGUCGCUCGCGGCUGCCGCCGGUGCUGGCGCCGCCAUUUCGAGCCGUACCACACCCGACAAGGCCAAGACGUCGUCGCAGACUACGACUGACGAGUCCCCCUCCAAGGUCAAGAAGGGUGGCCUCCGCGCCCUCCUCCCAGGUGUGGUGCGCAAGACGAGCGCCAAGUUCGAGGCGGCCAGCAAGGCCGCCGAGGACAAGGCCCCCGCCGUGCCCAAGCCCCGCAAGUCGUCCUUCACCGCCCCUAAGACCGAGGAGCCGGGUACCAAGACUGGCCUCUUCGGUAAGAAGUCUAGGAAGGCCUCUGCGAUCGCCGCCGGAGUCGCUGGUGCUGCCGUUGCAGCCGCAACUGCCGCCGUGGUCGUGGACAACAGCACCAAGAAGUCGGACGCGCCUGUUGAGGUGCCAACGAUUGUCGAGCCUGCGCCUGCGGCUGUUGCGGAGCCUGCCGAGACAGCCGCUGAGCCCAUUGCUCAGCGCGUUGUUGAGCCUGCGACUGAGCCCGCCGUCGCGGAGCCCGCCGCCGUCGAGCCUGCGGUCGCUGAGGCUUCGGAGCCCUCUGUCCCAGAGCCUGCUGCAGCUGAGCCUGUGGUGCCUGAGGCUUUGUCAGAGCCUGUGGUGGCUAAGGUCGCUGCUACGGAGCCCGUCAUUCCAGCGGUUACCACGCCGGCACCGGUCGCCUCUCAGGCCGUCGUGGAGUCCGUCACCGAACCUGUUGCGGAGCCCAUCGCCAAGGGUGCCGCGGAGCCUGUGGCCGAACCCAUCGCCGAGCCCAUUGCUGAGCCCAUCGCCGAGCCCAUUGCUGAGCCCAUCGCCGAGCCCAUCGUUGAGCCCAUCACCGUUCCCGAGACGAUCGCCUCAGAGCCCGUCCCGGAGGAGCCGAUCCCAGUAGAGCGUGUUGCCCUCGCGCCUCCCGCUCCUGAGAAGGCCACCGCGGAGCCAGUUGCCCCCGAGCCUGAGGUUGUCGAGAUUGCUGCCACCCCAGAGCCUGAGGUUGUCAAGAUCACCGCCGAUGAGAUCCAGGCCCCGGAACCCGCUGCCAACCCCGCCAUCGUGGACGCUGCUCCCACGGUCUCCGCCCCCGUGCCCCACCCGGCUGAAGCCACUGUGGAGCCUGUGCAGGACGCUGCCUCUAGCCUGUCCAGCAAGCCAUCCAAGGGCAAGAAGUCGAAGGCCAGGCAGGCUGCCGCGGCCACCGCGGUCGGUCUCGCCGGCGUUGCAACUGCCGCCGUUACCGCAGCUGUCGUCACCGAUAAGAGCGAGAAGAAGGAGACCGAAGCUGUCACUCCUCCCGCCGUUAUUGAGCCCGCAGCUGUCCCAGCUGCACCGGUUACUCCCAUCAAGGAGGUCGAACGUGAGCGCCGCCGCUCUAGCGUUGUUACCGAGGCUCAGUGGCUCGCGUCUCCUACGAAGGCCACCUUUGACGACGCCGCCUCCGAGCCUCAGCUCACCGCCAAAUCUUCGUUCGACGCUCUCGCUAGCCCUCGUGAGGGUGACGAGAUUACUCCUGCUACCACCGAGGACGAGAUUGCUCCUGCUACUACCGAGGUUGUCGCCACGCCGGCACCACUGGAGCCCGUUGUUCCCGUCGUUGACGAGCAUGCCGCAGUUGCGUCGGCUGCUGAGGACACCGAGACCGCUACCAAGGUCCUGCCCCUGGCUCCUGUUGAAGAUGCGCCGCCGGUGCAGUUCCACCCGACUCACUUCAAGCACUACGGCCCCCACUCCGAGAGUGUGCAGGCUGUGAUCAAGCCCGCCCCGAUUUCGGCCGAGGUCGAGGUCCAGCCCGAGGCCGCUGCCGAGACUUAUCCAGCGACAGUCUCCAAGGUUGCGCCUGAGGAGCCUUCGGCUUCGAAGGUUGAGCUUUCGCCCAUCGCUCUCGUCACUGGCGCUGCCGCUGCUGUUGGUAUCCCUGCUGCCGCUGCGGCAAUCGCCAAGUCUGAGCCUCUCACUUCCAAGGCCGUUGAGGAGCCGUCGGAUGCUGCGACGCCCCCAUCUGAGCCCGCUGUUGUCGAGGUGCCUGCUACCCCCACUACCGCCACUGCGUCGACAGGAGUGGAAACCCCCACUGCGACGCCGAAGGGCGACACCCUCGCAGCGGCUGGCACCAGCGUCUCUGCACUUGACAGCCCCUCUGUGGCUGCGGCCCUGGCGACAGACACUGAGCGUAUUGGAGCGUCGGGUCUGCCCCGACCCCGCACGUUCGGCACCUCUCCCGACCUCGCGCAGAUUGCCGGCGAGACUCUGCCAUCCCACGCUGUCGACCUCGGCGAGCUCGAGCCUGCCGCCAUCGUGGCCACCAGAAACAUCGCCCGCACCCACGACACCGAGUUCCUCGCAACCGACUACGACAGCGCCGCCGAGUACGCCACCGCCCCCGAUACCCCUGCCCUCUCUGACGCUGGGCUUCCCCGCACCGGCACACCGGUUUCAUCCGCACUUCCCAUCCGCCUGAGCGCGUUCGUCGACCAGCUCGAGGCUGAGAGUGCUGGCUCGGGUCUUCCCGCAGCUGCCUCUCCUGUGGUGCCAUCAGUCGAGUCACUCAGCGCCUCGGCUUCUGCCUUUGUCCCCUCUGUCUCGGCGUCCUCAUUCACCCCGUCAGCCUCGGCACCAUCAUUCACCCCCUCAGCCUCUGCGCCUUCUUUCGUCCCCAAGGCCUCGGCCCCCUCCUUUGUCCCCGGCGCCGUGGCCUCGGCUGCCGCCGGCGUUGCCGCCUCCGUCAAGGACGGCAAGUCUGACCUGACGUCUCUCGCCCACGCCGCCACCGCUGGCCUGUCGUCGGACGCCGACCCCAAAUCCCACACUCCUUCUAACACCUAG